GCACGUAUAUGGGCAGUUGAGCCGAGUGAGAAAACGGUUUGUUCGUGUGCGUGCUUAGGCCACAGCAAAGCAAUCACUCGGCCGGCCGUCUCAUCUCAUGGAGAUAGAAGCGACACCGCUGAGCCCGCAGCAGCAAGCAUACAAUGACGGUGGCGGUUCGGACCAACGGGCCGGCGCCGGCACCGGCGCUAAACCACUCUACCGCAACCCCGUCGUGGUCGUCAACUUCCUCCUGAUGGCUGUUGGCACGGUGUGUGGCCCGCUCCUCUUUCGCGCCUACUUCCUCCACGGCGGCACGCGCAAGUGGCUCACCUGCCUGCUCCAGACCGCUGCGUGGCCGCUCCUGCUCCCGCCGCUCUGCGUCUCCUUCUUCUCCCGGCGCCGCCGGCAGCGCGAAGAGAGCGCCACGGAGGCCGCUCCUCUCUCCCUCAUGUCGGGCCGCCUCCUGGCCGCCACCGUGGCCAUCGGCCUCGUGAUCGGGAUCAUCGACUUCCUCUACGCGUACGGGCUGGCCUACCUCCCGGUGUCCACCUCGUCCAUCCUCGUCUCCACGCAGCUGGCCUUCACGGCCGUGUUCGCGCUGGUGGUGGUGCGCCAUCGGUUCACCGCUUUCUCCGUGAACGCGGUGGUGCUGCUCGUCGUGGGCGCCGCCAUGCUGGGGCUGAACGGCGGAGGGGACCGCCCCGCGGGGGUGUCCCGGGCGCAGUACUACGCCGGGUUCGCCAUGACGCUCGGGUCCGCGGCGCUGUAUGGCCUCGUGCUGCCCCUGAUGGAGCUCAGCCAGGCGCAGCACGCGGCGCGCGCCGGCGCGGCGGUCACGUACACGCUCGUCUUGGAGAUCCAGAUGGUGAUCGGGAUCACAGCCACGGCCUUCAGAGCCGUCGGCAUGCUCGUGAACCGCGAAUUCCACACGAUGAUGGAUGCCGUGAUACUGAGAGGGCCCAAAGAAUAUUUGAUGAACCUGGUGCAGGAAAUUCCAGACGAAGCUCGGAGGUUCGACCUCGGCGAGGCAGGCUACUACUUUAUGCUCGUUAGUUCAGCCACGGCUUUCCAGUGCUUCUUCAUCGGCACGAUUGGUGCCAUCUUCUACGGCUCGGCGCUGCUCGCCGGUGUCAUCAUGACAUUGCUCAUCUCUGUCACCGAGGUGUUUGCCGUCAUUUUCUUCCAUGAACCAUUCAAUGGCACCAAAGGUGUCGCCCUCGCGAUUUCUAUCUGGGGUUUCAUCUCCUACUUUUAUGGUGAGAUUCGGACCAAUGAGCAGCAGUCCAACACGUCAACGGAUAAGGAGCACUUGGACCCGUAGAUCAAUUUGCAUUGUGGUAAUGUUUGUACUUUCCAGUAAGGACUUUGUGCUCACCAGGGCACUUAUUUUCUUCAGCUUUGAAAAGUCAAAACGAGUAUUGUAAAGUUUCAAACUUUGUCUAAAGAAUGUUCAUCAUGUAUUUCAUAAAUUAUUCAUCA